GGGCCCACACAGGAAGGAGCCGAGUGGGACUUUCCUCUCGCUGCCUCCCAGCUCUGCCCUCCCUUCGAAGGCCCAGGGUCCCUGCCCGCUAGGCAAGUUGCACUCAUGGCACCUCCAAGUGAAGAGACGCCCCUGAUCCCUCAGCGUUCAUGCAGCCUCUUGUCCACGGAGGCUGGUGCCCUGCAUGUGCUGCUGCCCGCUCGGGGCCCCGGGCCCCCCCAGCGCCUAUCUUUCUCCUUUGGGGACCACUUGGCUGAGGACCUGUGCGUGCAGGCUGCCAAGGCCAGCGGCAUCCUGCCUGUGUACCACUCCCUCUUUGCUCUGGCCACGGAGGACCUGUCCUGCUGGUUCCCCCCGAGCCACAUCUUUUCAGUGGAGGAUGCCAGCACCCAAGUCCUGCUCUACAGGAUUCGCUUUUACUUCCCCAAUUGGUUUGGGCUGGAGAAGUGCCACCGCUUUGGGCUACGCAAGGAUUUGGCCAGCGCUAUCCUUGACCUGCCAGUCCUGGAGCACCUCUUUGCCCAGCACCGCAGUGACCUGGUGAGUGGGCGCCUCCCCGUGGGCCUCAGUCUCAAAGAGCAGGGUGAGUGUCUCAGCCUGGCCGUGCUGGACCUGGCCCGGAUGGCGCGAGAGCAGUCCCAGCGGCUGGGAGAGCUGCUGAAGACUAUCAGCUACAAGGCCUGCCUACCCCCAAGCCUGCGCGACCUGAUCCAGGGCCUGAGCUUCGUGACGCGGAGGCGUAUUCGGAGGACGGUGCGCAGGGCCCUGCGCCGCGUGGCCGCCUGCCAGGCAGACCGGCACUCGCUCAUGGCCAAGUACAUCAUGGACCUGGAGCGGCUGGAUCCAGCCGGGGCCGCCGAGACCUUCCACGUGGGCCUCCCUGGGGCCCUUGGUGGCCAGGACGGGCUAGGGCUGCUCCGCGUGGCUGGGGACAGCGGCAUCUCCUGGACCCAGGGAGAACAGGAGGUCCUCCAGCCCUUCUGCGACUUUCCAGAAAUCGUAGACAUUAGCAUCAAGCAGGCCCCGCGCGUUGGCCCGGCCGGGGAGCACCGCCUGGUCACUCUUACCAGGACAGACAACCAGAUUUUGGAGGCCGAGUUCCCAGGGCUGCCCGAGGCUCUGUCGUUCGUGGCGCUCGUGGACGGCUACUUCCGGCUGACCACGGACUCCCAGCACUUCUUCUGCAAGGAGGUGGCACCGCCGAGGCUGCUGGAGGAAGUGGCCGAGCAGUGCCACGGCCCCAUCACUCUGGACUUUGCCAUCAACAAGCUUAAGACUGGGGGCUCACAUCCUGGCUCCUAUGUUCUCCGCCGCAGCCCCCAGGACUUUGACAGCUUCCUCCUCACUGUCUGUGUCCAGACCCCCCUUGGUCCUGAUUAUAAGGGCUGCCUCAUCCGGCGCAGCCCCACAGGAACCUUCCUUCUGGUUGGCCUCAGCCGACCCCACAGCAGUCUUCGAGAGCUCCUGGCAACAUGCUGGGAUGGGGGGCUGCACGUAGAUGGGGUGGCAGUGACCCUCACCUCCUGCUGUAUCCCCAGACCCAAAGAAAAGUCCAACCUGAUCGUGGUCCAGAGAGGUCACAGCCCACCCACAUCAUCCUUGGUUCAGCCCCAAUCCCAAUACCAGCUGAGUCAGAUGACAUUUCACAAGAUCCCUGCUGACAGCCUGGAGUGGCAUGAGAACCUGGGCCAUGGGUCCUUCACCAAGAUUUACCGGGGCUGUCGCCAUGAGGUGGUGGAUGGGGAGGCCCGAAAGACAGAGGUGCUGCUGAAGGUGAUGGAUGCUAAGCACAAGAACUGCAUGGAGUCAUUCCUGGAAGCAGCGAGCUUGAUGAGCCAAGUGUCGUACCGGCAUCUCGUGCUGCUCCACGGCGUGUGCAUGGCUGGAGACAGCACCAUGGUGCAGGAAUUUGUACACCUGGGGGCGAUAGACAUGUAUCUUCGAAAACGUGGCCACCUGGUGCCAGCCAGCUGGAAGCUGCAGGUGGUCAAACAGCUGGCCUACGCCCUCAACUAUCUGGAGGACAAAGGCCUCCCCCAUGGCAAUGUCUCUGCCCGGAAGGUGCUCCUGGCUCGGGAGGGGGCUGAUGGGAGCCCGCCCUUCAUCAAGCUGAGUGACCCUGGGGUCAGCCCCGCUGUGUUAAGCCUGGAGAUGCUCACUGACAGGAUCCCCUGGGUGGCCCCCGAGUGUCUCCGGGAGGCCCAGACACUUAGCUUGGAAGCUGACAAGUGGGGCUUCGGCGCCACGGUCUGGGAAGUGUUUAGUGGCGUCACCAUGCCCAUCAGCGCCCUGGAUCCUGCUAAGAAACUCCAAUUUUAUGAGGACCAGCAGCAGCUGCCGGCCCCCAAGUGGACAGAGCUGGCCCUGCUGAUUCAACAGUGCAUGGCCUAUGAGCCAGUCCAGAGGCCCUCCUUCCGAGCCGUCAUUCGUGACCUAAAUAGCCUCAUCUCUUCAGACUAUGAGCUCCUCUCAGACCCCACACCUGGAGCCCUGGCACCUCGUGAUGGGCUGUGGAAUGGUGCCCAGCUCUAUGCCUGCCAAGACCCCACGAUCUUUGAGGAGAGACACCUCAAGUACAUCUCACAGCUGGGCAAGGGCAACUUUGGCAGCGUGGAGCUGUGCCGCUAUGACCCGCUAGGUGACAAUACAGGUGCCCUGGUGGCCGUGAAACAGCUGCAGCACAGCGGGCCAGACCAGCAGAGGGACUUUCAGCGGGAGAUUCAGAUCCUCAAAGCACUGCACAGUGAUUUCAUUGUCAAGUAUCGUGGUGUCAGCUACGGCCCGGGCCGCCAGAGCCUGCGGCUGGUCAUGGAGUACCUGCCCAGCGGCUGCUUGCGCGACUUCCUGCAGCGGCACCGUGCGCGCCUCGAUGCCAGCCGCCUCCUUCUCUAUUCCUCACAGAUCUGCAAGGGCAUGGAGUACCUAGGCUCCCGCCGCUGCGUGCACCGCGACCUGGCCGCCCGAAACAUCCUCGUGGAGAGCGAGGCACACGUCAAGAUCGCUGACUUCGGCCUAGCUAAGCUGCUGCCGCUUGACAAAGACUACUACGUCGUCCGCGAGCCGGGCCAGAGCCCCAUUUUCUGGUAUGCCCCCGAAUCCCUCUCGGACAAUAUCUUCUCUCGCCAGUCAGACGUCUGGAGCUUUGGGGUCGUCCUGUACGAGCUCUUCACCUACUGCGACAAAAGCUGCAGUCCCUCGGCCGAGUUCCUGCGGAUGAUGGGAUGUGAGCGGGAUGUCCCCGCCCUCUGCCGCCUCCUGGAACUGCUGGAGGAGGGCCAGAGGCUGCCGGCGCCUCCUGCCUGCCCUGCAGAGGUUCACGAGCUCAUGAAGCUGUGCUGGGCCCCUAGCCCACAGGACCGGCCAUCAUUCAGCACCCUGGGCCCCCAGCUGGACAUGCUGUGGAGCGGAAGCCGGGGGUGUGAGACUCAUGCCUUCACUGCUCACCCAGAGGGCAAACCCCACUCCCUGUCCUUUUUAUAGCUCCUGCCCGCAGACCUCUGGAUUAGGUCUCUGUUGACUGGCUGUGUGACCUUAGGCAGGGAGCUGUCCCUCUCUGGGCCUCAGAGGCCUUAUGAAGGUCCUCUACUUCAGGAACACCCCCAUGACAUUGCAUUUGGGGGGCUCCCGUGGCUUGUAGAAUAGCCUGUGGCCUUUGCAAUUUGUUAAGGUUCAAGACAGAUGGGCAGAUGUGUCAGUGGGGCUCUCUGAGUCCUGGCCCAAAGAAGCAAGGAACUCUCGCAUCUUCCCAUCCCCUCAAGCCCUGGCCCCCUGAGUUUCCUUUUCUCUCUCUCUCUUUUUAUUUUUUUACUUUUACUUUUAUUUUUAUUUUUGAGACAGAGCCUCCCUCUGUUACCCAGGGUGGAGUGCAGUGGUGCGAUCUUGGCUCAGUGCAACCUCUGCUUCCCAGGUUCAAGCGAUUCUCCUGCCUCAGCCUCCCGAGUAGCUGGGAUUACAGGUGUGCACCACCACACCGGCUAUUUUUUUUUAUUUUUAGUAGAGAUGAGGUUUCACCAUGAUGGCCAGGCUGAUCUCGAACUCCUGACCUCAAGUGAUCCUCCCACCUCAGCCUCCCAAAGUGUUGGAAUAAUAGGCAAGAGCCACCGCACCUGGGCUUUUAUUUUUUUUAAUUUAUUAUUAUUAUUUUUAAGAGACAGGAUCUUGCUAUGUUGCCCAGGCUGGUCUUGAACUCCUGGGCUACAGUGAUCCUCCUGCUUCAUCCUCCCAAACAGCUGGGACUACGGGCACCUAGUUUUGAGUUUCCUGUCUUAUUUCCAAUGGGGACAUUCAUGUAGCUUUGAAUGUAUGAUCUGACUUCUGCUCCCCAAUCUCUGUUUCUCUGGAGGAAGCCAAGGACAAGAGCAGUUGCUGUUUCUGGGACUCUGCCUUUUAGGGGAGCCCGUGUAUCUCUUUGGGAUCCUGUAAGGGGGCAGGAGAGGCUGGGGUCCCAGUCCACCCUAAUGGUACCUGAGUGUCCUAGGGCUUCAGUUUUCCCACCUGUCCAAUGGGACCCUUUCUGUCCUCACCCUACAAGGGGCACAAAGGGAUGACACCAAACCUGGCAGGAACUUUUCACGCAAUCAAGGGAAGGAAAGGCAUUCCUGGCAGAGGGAACAGCAUGCCAAGUGUGAGAAGGCUCAGAGUAAGGAGGUUAAGAGCCCAAGUAUUGGAGCCUACAGUUUUGCCCUUUCCACGCAGUGUGACAGUGGGCAAGUUCCUUUCCCUCUCUGGGUCUCAGUUCUGUCCCCUGCAAAAUGGUCAGAGCUUACUCCUUGGCUGUGCAGGGUCAACUUUCUGACUGGCGAGAGGGAUUCUUAUGCAGGCUAAGCUUCUGCUGCUCCUCCUCACCUACCUGCAAAGCUUUUCUGCCACUUUUGCCUCCUUGGAAGACUCUCAUCCAUCUCUCAAAACUCCAGCUACCACAUCCUUGCAGCCUUCCCUCAUAUACCCCCACCACUACUGUAGCCCUGUCCUUCCCUCCAGCCCCACUUUGACCCUGGGGCUGGGGAAGUGUCUGUGUCCAGCUGUCUCCCCUGACCUCAGGGUUCCUUGGGGGCCGGGCCGAGGCCUCAACACAGAGGGGGCUCUGGGAGUGUUUGUUGACUGAAUAAAGGAAUUCAGUAGAAAA